CUUUGCUUCUACUUUUCUAUAAAGAAAAAAAAAAAAAAAAAAAAAAAAAACAUGGACGAGCACCCCGGCGGAGGAGGGGUCGGAACGAGUGCCCCACGACAGCCUCCGCAGCAGGGGAAUAACAGUAGCGCUAAUCCGCCGAUUGGAGGCGGUGGCGGCGGAGCAGUCAUGGUACCGCAUCAGCCCGAUGAACUGCCUCGGCCGCAGCAACAGUACACAAUCCCCGGCAUCCUGCAUUACAUCCAGCACGAGUGGGCCCGGUUCGAGAUGGAGAGGGCGCACUGGGAAGUGGAGAGGGCCGAGCUUCAGGCGAGGAUAGCAUUCCUGCAGGGAGAGAGGAAGGGCCAGGAAAACCUGAAGCACGACCUGGUUAGAAGAAUAAAAAUGUUAGAAUACGCGUUAAAGCAGGAAAGAGCAAAAUACCAUAAGUUAAAAUAUGGAACAGAGUUAAACCAAGGAGAAAUAAAGAUGCCAAGUUUUGAAUCAGACACCAAAGACUCAGAGGUCUCUGCUGUUCAUGCCAACAGUCAGCUCACCUGGAAACAAGGACGACAGCUUCUCAGACAGUACCUACAGGAAGUCGGAUAUACAGACACCAUCCUCGACGUUCGUACUCAGAGGGUUCGCUCUCUGCUUGGCCUGUCGAGUUCUGAGCAGAAUGGAUCUGUGGAGAACAAGAACCUGCAGCACCUGAUCAAUGGGACAGAGCGCCGCAAGGACAAGAGGAGUCCAGGUGAUGUUCUGGAGACUUUUAACUUUCUGGAAAACACAGAGGACAGUGAUGAAGACGAGGAUGAUGAAGGCGACCUGAUGGAUGACAUCAGCACUGACAAGCAUCACCGAGCCAAGAAACAUAAGACCAAGGUGGGAAACGAGGGCUUGGCAUCAGAAGAUGAUGCUGACACGGAGGAGGCUCUGAAGGAGUUUGACUUCUUAGUGACGGCCGAGGAUGGAGAGGGGGCGGGUGAGGCUCGGAGCUCCGGAGACGGGACAGAGUGGGCGGAGCCAUUGCCAUUUCCUACUGGUGGGGGGAAAUCCUUCUUACUGGGAGGGCCAGACGACGUGUUGGAAAGCGUGCUGGGAUUGGGCGACCUCGCUGACCUCACAGUCACCAAUGAUGAAACAGACUAUGGCUAUGAUAUGCCGUCCAACAAGGAGUCUUCAUUCAGGAAGACAUGGAACUCCAAGUACACGCUACGGAGCCACUUCGAUGGCGUCCGAGCACUGGCCUUCCACCCCGUUGAGCCCUGCCUGGUCACCGUGUCUGAGGAUCACACCCUUAAACUGUGGAACCUCACCAAGACCGUCCCUGCCAAAAAAAGUGCCUCUUUCGACGUGGAACCGAUCUACACAUUCAGAGCCCAUGUUGGACCAGUGUUGUCACUGGCAAUGACCUCCAGUGGUGAACAGUGUUUCAGCGGCGGUCUCGACUCAACUAUCCAGUGGUGGAACAUCCCCAGCUCCAAUGUUGACCCCUAUGACACUUAUGAUCCCAGCGUCCUGGCAGGUUCUUGGGUAGGACACACGGAUGCUGUGUGGGGAUUGGCGUACAGUGGCAUCAAGAACCGCCUCCUGUCCUGUUCGGCCGAUGGAACCGUGAAGCUGUGGAACCCAACAGAGAAAAACCCCUGCAUCAGCACUUUCAACACAAACCACGAGCACGGGAUCCCCACAUCGGUGGACUUCAACGGUUGUGACCCCGCCCACAUGGUGGCAUCCUUUAAUGACGGAGACGUGGUGGUGUAUGACCUGGAAACUUCCCAGCAAGCACUGGUGCUGAAAGGACAGGGAGAUGGCACACUGCCGGGGUCAAAUCAUAUCAAUAAGGUGGUGAGUCAUCCCACGCUGCCGGUCACCAUCACUGCUCAUGAAGACCGACACAUCAAAUUCUAUGAUAACAAGUCAGGUAAAGUGAUCCAUGCUAUGGUGGCUCACCUGGAUGCUGUGACCAGCCUGGCUGUGGAUCCCAACGGCAUCUACCUGAUGUCUGGCAGUCACGACUGCUCUCUGCGUCUGUGGAACUUAGACAGUAAAACAUGCGUUCAAGAAAUCACAGCUCAUCGGAAGAAGAGUGAGGAGGCCAUCUACGACGUGGCCUUCCACCCCUCAAAGGCCUACAUUGCCUCCGCUGGAGCCGAUGCCCUUGCCAGGGUCUACGUAUAGACAAGGAAGAGAAGUUUUGUUUUGUUUUUUUUGUUUUUAAAAAAAAAAAAAAGGAACCCGAUGACCUCGGGGGUGAGGGACACCGACAGCGAGCGAGAGGGGCUAGUCUGUACACAGACAGGAUUCAGGUUUGUUCAGAUCUCUGAACACAGAAUAUAUAUUAAUAUGAAAGACUGGAGGUGACAGAAUCUCCAAAGGACAACCGAACAAACGCUCAUACACAAAGUUUUUAAGUUAAGAGGUGGAGUGGUGUGGUCUCCCUGCAGCUAAUUGAAGAGACUAAAGGAUGUUCAACAGCAGAAACGUGUAAACGGUCAACAGAGAGCAGCUCACCCGCAGCCCGUUGGUCCUGUGAUGUUAUCUGGCCCCUCAGAAUCCUUAAGGUAGCUUCGACACUACACGCCCCUCCCCACUCAUAUUAACACUAGUGUGACCUCCUGAUCCCAGUCAGGAGAGCUGGAGCAGAGGACAGACUUAAAGGAAAAAUCCCCCCAAAAUUAGAGCCGUUUAGUUCUUUGUUGUCUUUCUUCUUCUCUGUCGAUGGAAGCAACGUCACAUCCUGAUGAGUUAACCCAUUGUUCACUUGCAACUUACUGUUGUCACCUAGCAGUAUGUUACGCAGUGGUAAAAUGUAGCGCAUUGCACAGUGGGAUUGUAGCACCGUAGUGUACAUGUUGCAGGGAUGUAUUUGCACCUUUCGCUCCUCCUGUUCCUGUCCCACUGGACUUACGAGAUGAUAUCAUGAUUUUGGUGCAGUUCUGAGUGCUCCAAAACAACAACGCCGGGAACCGAGAUGGUUACUGCAUUACUGAUGUUGUGCCUGCUGGGGCAGUUCCUGUGGUCUGAACACAUACAAAGGAACUUUCAGUCCUUUCUUUUCUUGUAGUUGCAAAAUGCAAAAAAGCAUUUUAAUUUCGACCUUCACAUUGUGACCUGGAUUAGGUUGUUGACCCAGUUAUCAGAGGUCUAGAACGUUGGCUCCACGUGGAGUCGAAGAUCGUUGAGCUAAACCCAGAAACUUUGCAAGUUUUGCAAAGUGCCAGUUGUAAAAUGCUGAUUAAUGGCCGAAAACAAAACCCACAGACUAACUCCUCACAUUAGCGCAGUUCCUCAGGUGGAAACGCAGAUCCAGUGCGUGUUUUUUUUUUUUUUUUCUCCCUCUGUGUGUGGAGCUGUGCUUUCAGGGUGUUUUAGAGCAGGCUUGCUGUCCUGAACAGUUGUUUGGGUGCCCCGUGGUUUCUCCAUCAUUCUGUAUCAUAAAAGCUGCUCUGUUAGUCACAAGGUGUUGCCACAGCAGGUCCACAUAUUUGAUUUUGGCCUUUUGUGUCUCCUCCCGGGAUCAAACCAGGGAUCUUUGGCUGGUUCGGUGAAUCUGUAAAAAUAUCAAACAGCAUUUUAAGUAGCCUCAGAUGUAUUAUGACCAGUGGACUGAUGACCUAAGUCCAGGAUGAUAUUUGCUGAUAUUGAGAAAGACGUUGAAGCUUCAGUGGAAUACUAAAACAAAUGUAAAUGGAGCCGUUUACUGACACUAACAUCAGACGAUACAGCUGGAAAUGUCCAAGACUGGGUCAUUAUGAUUAGCCUCCCAAGACCUGUCAAACAUUCGAGCAGUCAAACUCAGGAGAGCAUUUUAAAGCAUUCUCUCAUUGCACUGAUCUGUUAAACAACUGUGCUUUGUACACUUUGCUUCUUCACUGAGUGUUAACACGGAGCAUCUCUGUUCAGGUCUGUUUUAAGUAUCACAUUCUCCUGAUCCAGGUUUCUGCACAGAAACACAAGCCGGGCUGUAUCGGAGGCUAUCGUGAAUCUUUUAAUGCUCGUACACUGGAAAGUAACUAUUGAAGUUGAUUUUUAGGCCUUUGGCUUGUUGAAAAUGGUUUGUUGGUUGCAAAAACACCUGCGUGUUUUGUGUGUAAUUUAAUUGAGUUUUCAUAUCUGUAUGAAAAUCUGAGUUUGAUGUGUGUUUUUAAUUUGCGGUUCAGAAAAUGUUAUAAGAGGGAAACAUACUGAGGAGAGAGCCUGAGAGUCAGUGGAACAUAAAAGUGUUGGAAUCACGUUUGAGGGGGAUUUUUCCUUUAAACCUCCAGAAACAUUCAGCUGGACUCAACAUGAGAACAUUUGAUGCUUGAACUUGUUUUUAAUCACUAAAUCUGAACCGAAGCUUCAGGUUCAGGUUUUACAGGAGUAAAAAAGAAAAAGAAGAAUUUAAAGGAAAAUUAGAAUUAGUUGUGGGUUUUGCUUCCAAAUACUCCAUGAGCAGCCAGAAUGAUUUAAAUAUCAGGUUUUUCUUUUUGUCUGUGCCAGUGUUGCAGCGAGAACGAAGGCUCGGUUAAUCCUCUCCGACCUCAGCCUCCUGCCGGGCUGAGCAGAGCCCUACAUUUUAAAGUGUAACAAGUGGAGGACUCAGACCUUUAGCAUUACUGUAGUUACAUAUUUUUGUUUGUGUAAAGUAAAUCUAGUUUUUAUAGUCUUUUUAAAAGUUCUUUUAAAUCAACAUCUCAUUAUUGCCACCGAGGACGACUCCGGUUCCUGUUAAACUGUCCAGUUUUCACAGGAGCCGCCCAUCACGUGACAAACCUCACCUCAGUCUGAUCUGUCACAAUGUCUGGCUUCAGUAUUUGGAUCCUGAUUUCAAAUAACGUAAAGUCGGAGCUGCUGCUGCCACCGAGGAAGAGGACGGAGCUGUAAUGGCCAUCCAGUUUAAAGCUUUAGACAAAUGCUAAAUAUCAAACUUAAACACAGCACAUGUUCCAGUGUGGGACAGCAGCUUAUCACAGUGAGAAUGUCAAAGGAGCUGGCUCCAGAGGGAGAGCAUGUGAGUCCACAAACAUCCUCUGAAGCACAAGAUAAGAACUUGUUAAUCCCGAGGGAAGUUCUUGUGCUUUCUAUACACAUUUUGGCACUAAAAACAGAAUCUUACCUUAAAACUGUCGGUUUGAACCAGCGCUGGCAUGAGACAAACCUGAGCUUACCUUUAAAAAACAAUGUUGUUGUAAAACAAUAAAAUUUCCAUAUCAACCUACCAUAUACCAGUGCUGUAUCAGGAAAAACUGACUGAAAGAAAAAGUUUACACAUACAACAAAAGUGAAAUUUGCAUUUAAAGUGCGGAUUAAAGAGCAGACCCAUGAAUGAGGCGAAGUGCCAAAUCCUUGUUAAAUAAAUCUGUUCACUCAUUUACGUUGGCAGCCAAAGACGUCAGUGUGAUUGUCGAGUCAGUCCAGAGGCGAUUAGAAAUACAGCGGUCUCUUUAGCAUGGAAAACCGCUGAAGGAAAAUCCCUGUUGGGAAGGAGUCAUUCACGUAACCUGGAUCCAAAUCCUUGAGGUCAGAGCUAAAACGUUUUAGCAAUGCUAAAUUUUACAAGAACUUAUUGAGCUACAAAUACACAACUUACUGAACUGUCAGCGGUGCCUUUUUCCUCAUAAUCAGUCUGUUCCAACAUGGAACUUUUUCUUUUUUUUGUGCAUCAAGCUUCAUAAAUGAACAUGAAGAUUUUGUAUACACUGUGUCCACUUCUAUAUGAGCAGUUUUUACACAUUAUUAUGAUAGCUGUUCAUUUUCUGUUGAGACUGAAGUAAUAAUUCUGUUCUUACAUCAUCUACAGAUCAUCAUCAUCAUCAUCAUGAGGUGUUUCUAAUGUUAGUUUUAUUUUUUUCCUCCAUUCAGACACGUUUUAUACAUUGACCCACUCAACUGAUGUAUUUGUAUACGUGCGCACACACACAAACACACACACAGUGUCACUAAAAGUGGAACAUUCUGAGAUUUGUGAAGAUCGCAAGGCAGUCGUAAUAUUUGUGUAUAGGUGUAUCUAAUAAAGUGUGUGUGUGUGUGUGUGUGUGUUUUUAAAAAAAAACCUGAAUUUAACUAUUAAUGAAUAAAAAUUGUCCAAAAAUGCUCAUGUGAAAACAAGUUUUGCCCUUAGAGAAGUCAAAGAAAUGGUUACAUGUAAAGUCCAUAAAAUGUUCUUAUUAAAUAUUUUAACACAGGUCUGCAUAUCUUCCAUUAACCUGCUCCAGUUAAACUGUGCUGGCAACUGGUCCCAGUCUAAUAAACCAGCAAAUAUUUGGUUUUACAGGCUGGCUGAGGGUACCUGAAUGCAGCAUAGGCUCAGUGUGAGCGUAAACAGGUAAAGGUGCGGCUUUGUACGGUUCGGGCUGAGACUUCUGCUCCUCCUCCUCUUCCUUCAUAUCGCUUCACUUUUUGGAAAGCUGCUGUCUCACUGGCUGGCCCACGGGGGAAGUCUAAUUUGUUGGCAUGGUUUGUUACGAUCCACAGUUUUAUUUUUUAUUUGAAGGUAUUUGUAACACGAGGAUCUCCUGACUGAUCACAAUUCUUCUUUUAUUUUCACCAAUGCUACAGUUUACUGUGUAACUUGUUUGUGUAAUGCAUGAUUAAUACAAUAAAAUAUUUUUUUUAGUCUUCCAAAAAAUGAAGAAAAAAAAAAUUCUGUUUGCGAGAUUUGAUGAGUUUUGUGUUUUGUUUUUUAUUUACAAACUAUGAACAGCAGAUUUUAAAGGCUGUACCACGUAGAAUACAGCUGUUGAAAUGUAUAUAAAAUGUCUAUAAUAACUAUUAAACUGUGUACCUGUA